AUGGACAUUCUACCAAUAAACUUUAAGGCUCUGCGUUUUUGCGGCGUAUGGAAAGAGCGCAAAGACGACAACAUAUGCGUCAGAUUUUUGCGCUUUUGUUACAGGUACACAAUUUUUUUCUUGAUAUAUGAGUUUACGAUAUUCGAUGUGAUAGAGGUGAUUCGCACGCGCGACCACGUUCAAGAAUUGACCGAAGGGCUUUUUCUGGGACUGACUUUCUUAACACUCUGCGUGAAAUAUAUGAAUUUUUUGCUACGAGAGAGCGAACUGUCGGAUUUGUUGGAUUCCCUGCGUGUAAAAAUGUGUCAGCCUAGGAAUUCCAUAGAAAAGCUAAUAAUAGAACAGCACAGUCGUAGAGCUAAAUGGAGCAGCAUACUGUUCAUGAUGAUAUCGUAUAUGACUGGAUUUGGUUUCAUGAUUACGCCAGCUCUAGGAUUACUCAAGGGAGGCGAGCGCGUUUUGCCGUUGAAGACAUACAUCCCAUAUUCCGUGUCAAAUUCUCUUCUAUAUCUAGCUACGUAUCUGCAGCAAUUUUUGACCCUAUUCUACGGAAUAAUGCUUAAUGUUACCUUCGACUGUCUCGUUUACGGCUUCACAAUUCAAGUUUGUGCGCAGAUCGAGCUGAUGUGCUGCCGAUUGACAGACAGUUUUAAGAACUCCGGUCGUAUUUCUUCCGGACAAAAUCGAGAAACAAGCGCAUCGAUUGUGGAAUGUGUCAAACAUCAUUUGCUCGUGAGCAAUCUGGUAAAGAAAAUACGAGAAUUGUUCAUAUGGACAAUAAUGAUAUUUUUCUUCUUCAGUCUGCUCAUUGUGUGUACUAGUAUCUUCCUAAUAUCAAAGAAGAAACUACUCAGCUUUGAAUUUCUUUCAAUGUUUCUGUAUCUGAGCGGCAUGCUGCUUCAACUAUUUUAUUACUGCUGGUACGGAAACGAGCUUGAGUUAAAGAGUAAAGACAUUGCGACAGCUGUUUAUUCCUGCGAUUGGACAAUGGUAACACCGCGAGAACGCAGAUCGCUGAUGUUGAUUAUGAUAAGCAGUCAAAAAGGAAUAAUGUUCUCUUAUCAUGGGAUAUUUGCGUUAUCUCUUAAUACUUUUACUUGGAUUUGCAGGACUUCUUACUCGGCUUACAACCUCCUGCAGCAAGCAUCAAACUGAUCAAUUAUCUCAUUAAAUAUGUAAUG